AUGUCUGGCUCCUACAAAGAGCAGAAUGGCGAGCAGAGCUUCUCCGACAAGCUUAGGCAUCCCUUCCAUGAGCUGAAGGAAAAGUUGAAGGGCACUCAUCUACACGAUGCCAAAGUCAGCCUCAUUCACAAGAAGUGCAUCAACCCUCAACAUCGCCAUGAUGAAGAGCAUGAGAAGCUUACCGACGAGAAGCGCGCCAAAAUUGGCAAACAACACCGAUUUCAGUCAUACUUCCCGGAGCGCGACGGGAAUAUGAUCAAGUGGUAUGUCGAUGGACGUGACUACUUCUGGGCGGUAUCAGUCGCCCUGGAGCAGGCUAAAGAGACCAUCUACAUCGCUGACUGGUGGCUUUCGCCCGAGCUGUUCUUGCGUCGUCCACCUUACUACAACCAGGAAUGGCGACUGGACCAGAUAUUAAAGCGCCGUGCUGAGGCCGGAGUCAAGAUCUUUGUUUCCGUCUACCGUGAAGUCGAAGCAGCUAUAACUUGCAAUUCGGCACACACGAAGCAUGCCUUACAGUCACUAUGUCCUGAAGGCACUCCUGGUUAUGGAAACAUCAAGAUCAUGCGCCACCCCGACCACAACGUCCUUGAAAAUGCCGCCGAUAUGACGUUCUACUGGGCUCAUCACGAAAAGUUCAUCGUCAUUGACUAUGCUAUGGCAUUCAUCGGAGGCCUCGAUCUCUGCUUUGGCCGCUGGGACAACCAUCAACAUAUUCUUGCCGACGUCCACCCUGAAGGAGUUGCUAAUGAAAUCUGGCCGGGACAGGACUUCAAUAAUAACCGCGUCAUGGAUUUCCAGAAAGUACAGGACUGGAAACAGAAUGAGUUGAGCAAGGCCGAGUAUGGCCGGAUGCCCUGGCAUGAUGUUGCCAUGGGUCUAAUCGGACCUUGUGUGUACGACAUUGCGGAGCACUUUGUUCUACGCUGGAACUUUGUCAAGCGAGAUAAGUAUAAACGCGACGAUAGAUUCGACUGGCUCAUGCUCCGCGGGCGAGAGGGAGAAGAUGAGGACCUGGUUGGAGUCCAGAGGCCAAAACACCCCGUUGGAGACUAUAUUCUUCAUCCAUUGACACCCUUGGAUGGCAAGAACUUGGAUAAUCGCGGAACCGUGCAUGCACAGAUCAUUCGGUCGAGUGCAGAUUGGUCGAGUGGGAUUCUUACAGACCAUUCAAUUCAAAACGCGUACUCUGAGGUCAUUUCCAAGGCCGAGCAUUUCGUUUACAUCGAGAACCAAUUUUUCAUCACGGCGACCGGAGAUCAGCAAGCACCCAUUCACAACACCAUUGGUAGAUCGAUCGUGGAAGCUUGCGUGAGAGCUGGCAAAGAGGGUCGGAAGUUCCGUGUCAUUAUUGUCAUCCCGGCCAUUCCUGGAUUUGCAGGAGAUCUGCGUGACGAUGCCGCUCUAGGAACACGCGCCAUCAUGGAUUACCAGUUUAAAUCCAUCUGCCGAGGCGAGCACUCCAUUUUUGAGCAGAUUCGCGCCCAGGGCGUGGAUCCGACUCAGCACAUAUUCAUCUUCAACCUGCGCACAUAUGAUCGGUUGAACAAAACCCCGGCGAUCAAGAAACAAGAAGAGCAGACGGGAAUCAAAUACCAGGACGUUCAGCGUGCCGAAGCCGAGGAGACUAUGAGAAGUGGCAUUCACGGCUCCAAGGACGUUGAAGGAAAUCGCGACAAGCACAUGGAUUUUGGUAAUGAGGAUCCCGAAAAGAUGAUUGAUGCAAAACGGCAAUUCGAGGCGGCCAAAGGUGAUCACACGGGCAGUAAUAACACGUCUUCCAGCGUUGCCCAUCACGCCAUGGCUGAACCUGGCAAGCUGUCGGAUGAAACCUGGGAAGGUGAUCCGGUAGAUGAGGUUGAAAAUUGGAUUCAAGAGGAAUUGUACAUCCACGCGAAGCUUUUAAUUGUCGAUGACCGCAUUGUCAUUUGCGGCUCCAGCAACCUGAACGACCGUAGCCAAAUGGGCACCCACGAUAGCGAGCUCUCGAUUGUCAUGGAGGACACAGACAAGAUCCCAAGCAUUAUGGAUGGGCAGUCAUUUGAGGCAGGAAGACAUGCAGCAACACUCAGGCGAUAUCUAUGGCGCGAACAUCUUGGCCUACUGCCGUCGCAGCCAAUGGACGCGAAAAACGACCCCAACGCGCAACCGCCAGGAGAUGACUCCCCGAACGAUCCUUGGGGUAGAGACGAGACUUACAAGUUCGUCGAGGAUCCCAUGAACGAGGAUUUAUGGAAUAUGUGGAAGAAAAAUGCUUCAAAGAAUACGGAGAUUUUCAGACAUUUGUUUCAUGCGGAUCCCGAUGACCACGUAAAAAAUUUUGACGACUACAAUGCUUAUCUCCCACCAAAGGGCAUCAAAGCAGGCCACAUCUUCGACAGAUUCUUGCCGCCUGAAGACAUCCGCAAAAAACUUGACCAGAUCAAGGGUCAUCUAGUGUGGAUGCCGCUGGAUUUCUUGAAGGAUGCGCCAAUGGCAGAGAAGGGUUUGCAGGUUAAUCAGUUUACCGAAUCCGUUUAUACUUGA